AGAGUUAAUGCGUCUAAAACAGGAAGAGCCCGGUUGGUAUGUUGAUGCAAAGUUCGAAGGAAGUGAUAAUCAUCUUGCAGGACUUAUUUGGUUACAUCCUAAACAAAUUGAGAUUUGGAGUCAUUUUCAUGAUGUUAUUUUAUUCGACACGACUUGUAAAACCAAUCGGUUCAAUAUGAUUAUGUGUGUCGUAGUUUGCGUAAACAAUCAUAAUCGGUCUUGUCUCACUGCAACAGCUUUAAUUUUAGAUGAACAAAAAAUAACAUUUGAAUGGAUUCUACAAGGUUUACUUAAUGCAACAGGUGGAUUAGCACCUAAAGCACGCAAUAAUACCACGGAAACUACUUUUGAAAAAAAGUGGAAAGAAAUCUUAGAUAAUUACUCUGAAGCACAAUACUACUUGGAACAUCAGCUUUAUCCUCACCAGGAAGCGUGGGUUCUUGCCUUUACGCAUCGUUUUUUCAAUUGUGGUAUACAGUCAACACAAAGAGUUGAAGUUUAUAAUGCUAUUCUUAAGAAAUUAUUAAAUGGAACAAGGUCAUUAAUGGAAGUCUCUGAAUUUGUAAGACUUAAUGAAACAGCUUGUGAAUUACCACGCAUCAUGCUUGCAUCAUAUCGGGACCAUUAUUUUAUGGCAAUUGACAAAGUUUGUGAAAGAUUUCUUACACCAGCUAUACUAAAACUUCAACGUUAUCAAAUGACCAAUGUGUACACUACUGACCUUAUUGGACAAAUCUGGAGGCUGA